AGAUGCAACACAGUAAGGUGUUGCACGACAUAAAAAGCAACCGGCCGAGCAUUAUUCGUCGUCAUUUUGGAAAGAUAAGUUCGAGUUGUGUGUCCACAGGUGAAAAACAGAAGUGAUUUUAGAAGAACAAAAAUCUUGUUUUGUGUUUUAAUUUCAUCAUCAAUUCGUUGUUCUUGUUCAACAAUUACCCCAGCACGUAAGCCUAUCGCACUCCAAAAUGAGUCUCGUUUGGACGUUGAUCGCGGCCUUCCUCUAUGUGGAGAUCGUCAUCGUGCUGCUGCUGGUACUCCCGGUGGCCAGCCCCCAGCGAUGGCAGCGAUUCUUCAAAAGUCGCUUCCUGGCGAUGCUGAGCAGACAGGCGCAAACCUAUUUUUACCUGCUGCUGUUCGUGCUGGUCCUGUUCCUGCUGGAAGCCAUCCGUGAGAUGCGGAAGUACUCGCACGUCGACCCAGCCGCCGAACAGCACCUGAACGUGGGUAUGCAGCACAGCAUGCGGUUGUUCCGUGCCCAGCGCAACUUCUACAUUUCCGGAUUUGCCAUCUUUCUGUCGUUGGUCAUUCGUCGGUUGAUUUCGCUCAUCACAUCCCAAGCCCAACUACUGGCCCAGUCGGAAGCGUCGAUGAAGCAGGCCCAAAGUGCCACCGCCGCCGCUCGCAGUCUGCUGUCGCAACAGAAGAAGGAAGACGAAACCGGAGACAAACCGAAACCCUCUGCUCCAUCGGCGGACGAAGCUGACGAACUGAAGAAACGCGUCGCCGAACUCGAGAGCGAAUUAGUACGCGAACGCAAAGAUAAGGAAGCGAUGAAAUCACAGUCGGAAAGCCUUAAUCGCGAAUACGACCGAUUGACUGAGGAAUAUAGCAAGUUGCAGAGGAAAAUUGCUAUCUCCAGCAACGACAAAAGUGAUUAAACUAAGCUUUUAUAUUUGAGCUUUUUUUCUAAAGGGUUCAUCAAAUGUAUCACCUCACCAUUUUCUGUAUUGAAUACUGACAUUAAUAUCCAUUUCGCCAAACCCAUCCAGAGUUAUAAUGCUAGAUGCACAGGAGUUUAAGAACAAAUCGCAAAUUAACUUAUUAUGGAUGAUGAAAUUCAUUAGGUAGUUACUUUCCUCCAAUGGACUGUGAAUAAGUCCUAUUAUUUUAAAUUACCGAGGGUAGGGAUUGAGAAAAAAAUAUUCUAAGGCUUACUACACGACACAUAAAACAUGCUUUUUACUUAAGUGUGUACCUUUUCUGACGUUCGGUUGUUUGAAUGAAAUAAAUAAUUGUUUAAUUAUUAAAA